GCACCAAUUAAUCUCGUUGACAUUGACAUCCUAUCUCCUCUCUAUAUCUAGGUAUUGCCUUGCCGUGUCCAUCUCUGCAGCAAUGGCUUCUGAUGCCGCCGGCGCCGGCGCCACCGCCGCCGUUCUCGCCAUUCUGGUCGUAUCUUCCAUGGGGCAUCCAAACAAAGGGCCAUUAUGCAGCGAGUGUGGGUCGCUGUGCAAUACGAACUGCACUGCAGAGGCUGCCAACUCCACAACCUGCAGAAGCUACUGCGACAACGACACCACGGCUGCCCGGGAGGACUGCGAAAGGCAGGUCCUCCAGGGGUGCCAGGCGGCCUACUGCAGCUACGGCACCUGCAGCCGGGACUGCAACUUGGAAGCCCAGAACGCCUGCCUUUCUAUCCAUGACGACUAUACAGAUUGCCAAGCAUGCAAGCAAGGUAUGUUCCAGUCAUGCUUCCCCACCUGCCAAAGCAACUGCAACAGCACCUGCGUCAAGAAAGAACAUGGAUGCUGAGCGUUUGAUGCGAGAUGCGAUGCGAUCUCGGACAAUAUGCAUGGAAGACGAUUAGCUACGUAUCUAUCUUGAUUUAUAUAACCAAUGGUGAUUGGUGAUGAAUAAUAUUGAUGAGUUCGGUCACAAAAGAAUAAAGGCUCUAAGAUAUAUGAGCUUGGGUUGUCUGGGUUUAUAAUAAGAAAUUCAAAAGCAAGUCUUUU